AAUGUAACUGAUGUGUAAUUGUUUUUUUGUAGUGUUAAGCGAAAGUGAUAGAUGUUAUUUUGUGAAUAAAGAAUCCAAAACAUGGAAACUGAGGAUCAAACUGAAGUAGUAAGAAUUUCUUAUGAAGCUCUCACACCAAGCAACGAUGAAACCAACCAUCCUAUGAUAAGCGGGUCUCAACCUAGUCUUUCGUUACGGAAUGUGUCCAUACCUGCCUCCAACUCCACUCAGGAAGGAAGAGAUGUAAGCACGUUCCCUGCUCCUACCACAACAAAUGAUCAACAAAAACCUGUGACGAUUAACAACCCAGAAGAUGUCCAUCUUCACCAGCAAACACAAAAUGAACUUCAUCUUCACCAAACACAACAUGUGUAUCACCAGUAUUUUCCGUGCAAAUAAUGCAUCAAAAUCUAACCAUUGAUCAUCAAAUACAGAAUGUGCCACAACAAUUACAGUAUGUGCAACACCAAAGAAUACCUGAUGAAAAACAACAACAACAGCAGAAAAAUUCACAAAUUGCACAACAACCACGAAAACGGGCACAACAACAGCAACAGCCGCAUCAACAGCCGCAAAAGCAACAACAACAGCCGCAUCGACAACAACGGCGAAGACAACAGCAGCCACAACGACAACAGCCACAUCGACAACAAUCACAAAAACAACAGCCACAACAACAACAGCCACAACAACAGUCACAAAAACAACAGCCACAACAACAACGGCCACAGCAACAACGGCCGCAUCGACAACAACCACAAAAACAACAGCCACAACAACAACGGCCACAACAACAACAACAGCCACAACAACAGUCACAAAAACAACAGCCACAACAACAACAGCCACAGCAACAACGGCCGCAUCGACAACAACGGCGAAAACUGCAACAACAGCAGUCAUCGGAAACUCAACAAACAAUCAACCAACUACAAACGCUACCUUCAACCAUUGAUGCACUGAUUAAAGAAUUGAAAGAACUGUUAAAAAGAUUAAUAGAUGAAAAUCGCGGAGAAGCCCUCUUGCCAGCGGGAGUUCCAGGUCGUAUCACUAAGCCUGUUCCACUUUUAAUAACCAAGGUCCGACAAAUAUUAGAUGAUGAAUGGAAGUUACAUAGAAACCAACGUGAGGACUUGCAACGUAUGUACACACCAUGGGGUUCUAUACAUAUUGAGGAACUGUUUGAUGUCGCAAAACAAGUGGCAGAAGAAGAAGCAAUCAAUAAGUGCAAUACACCUGCAGCCAAAGCCAUGCAUGUAGUAAAAUAUGGUAACAUUGUUUGUGCGGUUGGACUACCUGGGGUUGGUAAGAGCACUCUUUUAAAGAUGAUGAUCAACUGUAUUAUUGUAGAUAAAUCAGUAAAACCAGAUACACAAUUUUUGUUCCACGUCUCACUGAAGAAUUUUAAUCCAGAUGAGAAAGUUAGUCUGCUAGAAUUUCUUCUAUAUGGCAACUUAAGUGAGUGGAAUCAUUCUGAUGAAGAGAACAAAGCCUUGGUUCAUUUCCUGUACAAGAAUCCAAAUGUUGUUAUAUUAAUUGAUGGGUGGGAUGAACUGAGUACACAACAAGCCAACAAAAAGUUUCAUGCGUGUAAACUGGAAAGUAGGCAAAUACCUGAGGUCUUUGUUAAGAACUUGUUAAUGGGCAAUCUUCUACCUAAUGCUGUGAAAUUUAUCACAUCAAGACCAGGGCAGUUUUACGAGCUUCACCCCGAUUAUCGUCAAGGUUUGAUUUCUGAGGUACGUGGUAUGGACAAACCUGCAAAGAAGAAUCUUACUAAACAGAUCUGUGGUGAAGCCAACCUUGAAUCCGUGGAAAAAGUUUUGGCAGAGCGUCCAAAUUUGGAUGCUUUGUGUUCAAUUCCAGUCAACUGUAUUCAGAUUGUGGCUUGUCUUCAUUCAAGCGUGUCAUCGGGUCGUGAGAUCAACUCAAUGACUGACGUGUUUAUUCGCACUCUUACUAACUACAAAGCUUCGGAUCAUGUAAGAACAAACAUGUCAGAACGUGCACUUGGACAAGAACUGGUUAAACUUGCUCACCUUGCGUACAAAGGGCUAUCCGCAAGAAAGUUGGUGUUUCAGCAAGCCGACUUUGAGGAAGUGGGAAUCAACGGACAAACUGUUGAUAUAUUUCUGCACACCUAUGUUGAGAAGACCCAUCAUUUAAAAAUGAGAAUCUUGGAAGGAAAGAAACGAAGUUUCUUUACUCAUCUCACCUGGCAGGAGUUUUUUGCGGCAGGGCACCUAAUGUUAUUCAUGCCGCAGAAAGAAUUCCGCAAAUGUAUGCGCACUUUCGACAAUCCGCAUUGGGUAAUGGUCACAAGAUUUUUGUUUGGUAUGUGCAACUCCACUUCAUAUGAAGAUCUGAAAGUGAUUUUCCCAGCUUCGAUGAUAAAAGAUUAUAAAGAGAAGAAGAAUAUUCUUAAGUCUUUGUUUUCACUUCAAGAUGAUGAAACAAGUGAAGAAGUCAUCAGAUUUUCAGGUUGGGUGCAUGAAGCCAACGAUGCAGAAAUAUCGAAGAGAUUUCAAGAGUGCAUGCCUCAGUAUAUAAGGAUGAAGUUUCCUAUGUAUCUCACAGAAGCCUCUGAUCUUACGUUUGCGUUCAACUCCUUCACAACUUCUCACGACCUGAACCUCAACAUGCGUGGUUUGGAUGAAGCUUCACCUGAAACUUUCUUUCGUGGAUUACAUGGAAGGCAAGCGAAGAUCAAAGAAUUAGAUAUAAGAGGUGUUCAGGUGACAGAUUCAACGACAGAAGCUCUUCUUCCUCAUCUUGAUGUGAUGGACAAACUUGACUUGGACGAGAGAAAACUUUCUGUACAAAGUCUCAUCAUCUUACAUGAAGCUGUUGAACGACAUGCAAACCCACAAAGUUUGACAGUGAAUGGCAUCAUUGGUCAUCGGUGGUCAGAGUAUUGGGAUGUGUAUAAAUAUCAACCUGAUGACGAUGUAAUGCAAAUCUUACAACUUCCACGUGGAAAAAUCAAAGAAUUAAAUAUCAAUGAUGUGCGGAUGGGCACUUUAACGACACAAGCCCUUCUUCCUCAUCUUGAUGUGAUGGAUAAGCUUCGUUUGGUAUCUAGCUCUAAUGACAUGAAUCUGAGCCCCUACAUGGAAGAUAUAUCCAGGAAAAUAUUGAAUCGACAAAACAAAAUUGAAAUAUCAAUAUUUGGGCCAGCAACCAAACAUAUAAGGCCAAUGUUCCGAUGUCUUGAUAAAAUAUCGAAAUUAAGUAUUAGUGAGGUAAAUCUUACAAGUAACGAUCAUCGUUCAUUGGAAGAAGCGAAAGUACAACAUCCUUCACUACAGGUGGAAUACAUGAAAUAUCCAUACCGAUGACUAGCAUGGUUUAAACAACUUCGCCACCAAACUAAACCCAUAAAGUUUUAUCUUCUGAGCCAACCACCAUUUGCGUUUAUCACCGUGUCAUAGUAAUGUGUCG